UUCAAAAUGAGCAUAUUCUGCCAGUGAGUGAAAUGAAUGGCUCCAUUGCUUUCUGCUAGUCGAGCGCUAGUUCUUCCUUCUCGCAAUCAGGGUUUUGCGACGCGCGCUAGGGCAAGCGAUCGCGAUGGCGCUCCCGCGGCGGACAAGGUCAGUAGCAGCCGGGGAUGGUUCUACGACAAAUUCGUGUCGCAAAACACGAUGGAGGCCAAGCUCAACAAGCUCAAGGCCGAUGUCGCCGCCCGGAAUGGCUACGUUGGAUCCCUGUUUGACGACGCAUUCAAGUACACUGCUUGGAUUGAAAUUCAUCGAAAGCUAACAGAGAGAAAUCUGGUGAGCCUCGAUUGCGAUGAAGCAUACAAGAUGAUGAAGAGCGGUGACGCAGUUCUUAUUGACGUUCGUGAGUGUCAACCCUUCGAAAAGGUUCUUUUGGAUCAUUCAUCGUAUUUCUCGGCACAAGAUCCAUUUUUUCUUCUUUCUCAGGUGCACGGCGAGGGAACAAAGUCCGCUCCCUUGUUCCGACAAAUUCAAGGAAACGAUCUCAAAGCAAAUGCCAGGCGACUGGGAUUUGCCUUGCUUACGAACUUCUCCGGCACAGAGCGCAACCCAGAAUUCGUGGAGAAAGCUCUCGACGCUGUCAACGGCGACAAGAACAAGAAAGUAAUCGUCCUGUGCAGCAUUGGAGGAACUCUCCUCACGUACGUCGAGAGAACGGGGCCUAAAGCAAAGAAGUUCAAGGAUCCCGAGCGCUUCUUUGGACGUCAGUCGAGAUCAUUGAAAGCGGCAUAUGAACUCCAGGAAGCAGGAUUCACAAACGUUUUCCACCUCCAGGGUGGAUUUAACGAAUGGAUCCAUCGCGAUCUUCCCACCUCUGGAACCGCAAUAGACUAAAACUUACCAGGUA